GCACACGCAUGCCAACGCUCCCAUUGCCUCAGUCGACGUCAGACCGCCGCACGGAAGGGACGUGUCGUUCCGUCUUUGAAUUCUGAAUAAAUUCCAACAAACUAAAAAAACUAAAUGGAACGACAUUGGUGAAUUAAGUGUUGUGCUUGUGUGUGACGUGUCUGUGUGUGCUGUGGUAUUAUUUAAUUGAAUUUAAAAAAAAUAAUUGACAGUUUAAAAUGCAGGGCCGCGACAAACUAUGCGCGAAGCUCUCCAGCGCAUUCCUCAGAAAGUGGUGGUUUGUGCUGGCUUCCGCAGUAGUGCUACUAUUAUUGGGCAUAAUAUGUGCUAUAUUCUUCUCAUCAUGGGUCAAGCUAUUUAUAGAUCACGAGCUGGUGCUCCGCCCCGGCUCGAUGACGUUCGAGUGGUGGGCGCGACCGCCGGUGCGACCCUUCGUCAAGGUAUACGUGUACAACGUCACCAACGCGGACGAGUUUCUCAACAACGGCUCCAAGCCCAUACUCGAUGAGCUCGGGCCAUACGUCUAUUCGGAGGAGUGGGAGAAGGUGAACAUAACCGACAACGAGAACGGGACUCUCUCCUUCCACUACAAGCGAACGUACACCUUCCAGCCGGACAUGAGCGCCGGACCGGACGACGAUGUCGUUGUUGUCCCAAACAUACCCAUGCUGAGCGCCACAUCCCAGUCUAAACACGCAGCACGAUUCCUUCGUCUCGCCAUGGCAUCUAUCAUGGAUAUUCUGAAGAUCAAGCCAUUCGUUGCGGUGUCUGUGGGCCAGCUGUUAUGGGGUUACGAGGAUCCCCUGCUCAAACUAGCCAAGGAUGUCGUGCCCAAGGAACAAAAAUUGCCUUAUGAGGAAUUUGGACUUUUCUAUGGAAAAAACGGCACCUCCCCAGAUAUAGUGACUAUGUUUUCUGGCGCUAAGGACAUGGCACACUACGGCAUCUUCGACAGGUACAAUAUGCGAGAGCGUCUUCCUCAUUGGACGACAGAUGAGUGCAACAGCAUCGCCGGCUCAGACGGCUCCAUCUUCCCGCCUCACAUUACCAAAAACGACACCCUCAUGGUCUACGACAAAGAUCUCUGCAGGCUUCUACCACUUAGGUUCCUUCAUGAAGUGGAGUCCAAUGCGGGCGUACAGGGGUACCGGUUCACGCCGCCUGAGGACGUGUUCGCAGCCGACGAGCACAACAAGUGCUUCUGUCCGGCCGGCCCGCCCUGCGCGCCACACGGACUCUUCAACGUAUCACUCUGCCAGUACGAUUCCCCUAUAAUGCUGUCCUUCCCCCACUUUUACCUGGCUGACGAGAGCCUACGGGCCGCGGUGGAGGGUAUCUCUCCACCAGUGCCUGAUAAACAUAGACUUUACAUCGAUGUACAACCGGAGAUGGGUAUAGCGAUGAGGGCGCGCGCGCGCAUUCAGAUCAACUUGGCUGUGUCGCAGGUCGUCGACAUCAAGCAGGUCGCCAACUUCCCUGACAUCGUCUUCCCAAUACUUUGGUUCGAGGAGGGUAUCAACGAGCUGCCGGAGCAGGUGUCGUCACUGCUGCGGCUGGCGACGCGCGUGCCGCCUGUAGCUCGCUCUGCACUGGGCUGGGGGCUCUCCGCACUCGGGCUGCUGCUCAUCCUGCUCGCAGUCACAUGUCUCAUCAGAUCAUCACACCGCCAAAGUACAUUAAGACUGGAGGGUCACGCGGUGGCGAAGGCGCAGCCCACAAAGACCCCCGGCAAAGAGAACGGCUACGAGCUCAACAACAGAAGAUAACCUGUCAACUUAUAUUUUAAUUUAAUGACAAUAUAUUUUUUCAAUACAAAAUGUCUUGAGACUGAUGAUGAAGAGUUUUAGACAUUCUUAAUACUUUCAUCACGCAAAGAUAGAACCAAGAACCAUAGACUUUUGACACCGAGAUUUGACGUCUUCGAUAGAAUAAUUUAUUUUUUUUAAACUACGUAUAAUACAUAAGCUAAAAAUUGUUGUAAUUUCCAUUUAAAAAUAUUACAAUUGAAUGAAAAUUAUCAAUUCAUUGGUAUCUUGCAUUUUGACAACUUCAUUGGACCUGAUGUAGGAC